UUCACGUUCUGUCAAUGUCUAUGGUCUUCCCCCAGCGACGUGUUCUGGGAAGGAGGGGGAGGAGGAGGAGGGGACGGAGGGGCUGCCGCUGGAGGUGGUCAUCAUCACAGACUUCGAGUGUUUCCAGGAUCUUCAUGACCUUAUCUCCGCUCUCGUCAAGGACAACGCCAAGGAUCACCGUGUGGUAGUGAGGUACAUAGGGCGAGGCUCACCACCUUACGGACCCUUCGACGAUGUUGCUGAGACGGUGGUGGAUAAUGGGACGCCUCCCCUUGACGCCGCCCUCAACGCCGCCACCCUUGACUUCUCGGAGCGAGCACUCAAGUCCAUCGUGGUGUUCGACUGUGACCAUCCUCGCUGUAGUGUUUCUCAGAGUACAGCAGCUAAGAUCGUGAAGCUGAGGGAGACGCUGUUGGCUCUUGGCGUCCAGUUACAUGUGGUCACCAUGGAUGGCCUCACCGUGCUGAAUCCCCAGAGUCUUACCAGGAAGGCCACCAGGCAACUCAUUGGAGUGGAUGGUCACACGGCUUACCUGCUGUCCCACGCCCGUAAGAGGAAGGUGAGAGGGAAGAGAACUAUCAGGAACUUCAUCACCACGCCCAUUGGUAACACCUGCACGGACCUGGCCAUAGAGACUGACGGCUCCGUGUUCUCCCUACAAAACCUCAAGCUGUCAAGGAAGUACCACCGGAGGAUUUUCCAACAACUGCUGGCGCUGAGAGUAGAGGAAGGACGUGAGGCAGAGUACCUGAAGUGUCGUAGAUGUGUGUGUGGCGGCCCCUGCACCCUCUGUGACCCGCCAACUCCCCUCAUGUAUACGAGCUCGAGUAGAGACGAGGAAGAGGAGGAGGAGGACUACGACGACGAGGAGGAGGAGGAACAGCCCGUGAGGAGGAAAAACAAAAAGCGGCAGCGUUCUAGAUGGCCCCGGUAGUUGUCCAGCCUCAGGGAUCGUAUCCACCCCACCUGCUACUGCCUCUUACGCCCCAUAAACACUACUCCGGAAUUACAACUUUGUCUCGCUCCCCACAACAAAACGUUCUCACUCCCAGCAACAAAAGGUUCUCACUCCCAGCAACAAAAGGUUCUCACUCCCAGCAACAAAAGCUUGAAACAAUGAUACACUGAGCCCACAGAAUGGCCUCAAAUUUUUACCGACUCAACAAAGCUUAAUUAUUCGACUCAAACUUACAGGGAACAACUUUAUGAAUCUGACAAGGAAAUGUGACCCUCAUCAUUAAAGUUAUAUUCAGAGAGGUAGACUCUACCUUAGGAAAAACAGUUUUGUCACAUGAUCAGUCGAUUCAGCAUGUAUAUAAACAAUGCAGGUGUACAGCUCAACAUGCAUAUCGACAAUCCAGGUAUACAAAACAUUGGUAAACAGUAGGGUAUUUCGACGAAGGAAAGCCAACAAAGCCACCAUUUGCUUAAAUCCAAUAGAUCUUUGUUUACACUCGUUUGCUAAUCAGUAAGAGUAAAUUACAAAAUUAAUGUAAAAGUUUGGGAAUGAAAUAAACUUCCUGGGUCACUUGUCUCAGCGGAUUUGGCAACAUCACAUAUAGUGGGGCGGCAUAGCAAAUCUAUUG